AUGGCCAUAUUUGGCAAUCCGUUGGGCCUAUUUCAAGAUUUUCUCGCCAAUUGCUUCUACCAAUACGGCAUCAUCAUCAGUCGUCAUCCGCGAUUGUUCGCGCUGGGACCAUUAUGCCUCACGAUUGUGUUGUCGUUGGGCAUCUUGAAUAUGCGCACCGAGGACGACCUGCGAUUCUUGUACUCGCCGGAGCACUCGUUGUCGCGCGUCGAAUACAAUGUGCACAAGGAGUUCAGCGGUGAUUCGCACAAUAACUCGUUCGUCGCCGUCACCGUGCAGGCGAGCGGCGAUGACAAGAAUCUGCUGCAGAAGGCGAUCGCGCAGAACAUCACCAAACUCAACAAGCGUGUUCUCGAUGAGAUGGAGGUGAUCAUCGAUGGUCGAUCGAUCAAUUUCGGCAAAGAGAUUUGCUCGAGAAUGAAGCAAUGCGAGCUCAGUAAUACAAUUGUCUCAAUAUUUUUGGACACUUUUUGGAGCGAGAAGCUGCGAAAAGAUCCGCGAAUCUCAUUCGAGUACCCGACAAUGAAAUUCUUUGACAAUAAAUUCUUCCUUCCCACACACUUCUACGGCGUCCGAACUGGCGGACCACUGGGCAUCGAGUACAUCGAUAUGAUCCAUUUGAUCUAUCAGAUUCCGUCAUAUCGCGAUAAAACUUCCGAUCAGGUUUCCAAGGCUUUCGAAAUCGCUUUAAAGGAAGUGCUAGCGAAGGAGGACUAUAUCGAAACGUCAAUGUUCAGCUUGUCAAUUUUAAGGGAUGAGAUGCAGAAGAAUGCAACGUACACUAUUCCAUUCAUCUCGCUCACCGCGCUUCUCCUCAUUUGCUUCACCGUCGCCUCAUGCAUGACUGACAAUUGGGUGACAUCGAAGCCAAUCGAAGCGAUGAUUGGCAUUCUCGUCUCAUCGAUGGCGAUCGUUUCAACCGGCGGCCUUUUGUUCGCUUCCGGCCAGCCGUUCAUCAAUCAGGUCACCGUCAUGCCGUUCAUCGCCCUCAUUAUUGGCGUUGACGAUGUGUACGUGAUGCUCGGCGCGUGGCAGGACACCAAACGCAAUUUGCCGCCGGAAAAACGGAUGGCACUAGCGCUCGCUGAAGCCGGAAGCGCCAUCACCGUCACGUCGAUCACCUCGGUUUUGUCGUUCGGCAUUGGAACGUUCUCGACGACGCCGGCAAUCGCGAUUUUCUGCCGAUUCAUUUGCGUCGCCAUCAUGUUUGAUUGGUUCUAUCAGUUGACAUUCUUCGCCGCUGUGAUGGCAAUGGGCGCGAAACGCGAAGCCGCUGGAUAUCAUUGCGUUUUCGUUUGGAAACGAUGCGAUCGUGAGGAAAUAUUGAAAGGAAAAAGCGAGCAAGUCGUUUCGCCAACGAGAUAUUUCUUCGAGAACAUUUUUUCGCCAUUCAUUUGCCAUCCGAUCGUAAGAAUUAUAAUGCUAGUCGUCUACGCAUUCUACAUUCUCGCCUCAUUCUAUGGUUGCUCUCAACUCGAGCCAAAUCUGACGCCGUCAAGACUUGUUGUCGAUGAUUCGCCACUUAUACCAUAUCUUCAUUUGGCGGAGAAGAAAAUUUGGGCGGAAGGAUUGAUUGGAAGGAUUUACGUGAACAAGGCUCCAGAUUUCAGCAAGCAUCCGGAACAGAUUGACCGUAUGCUGAGCAUGGUACACGAGCUCGAAUCUACCCCAUACUCAAUGGGGCCGAAUUCGACCAACUUUUGGCUCAAUGAUUUCAACAAUUAUAGGCAAUUUUUCUCACAAGAUGACAGCAAAUUCUAUGAGACCCUCAAAUCAUUCCUUCAAGUCUCUUUUAACAGCCAUUGGGAAACCGAUAUUGUCUGGGAUUCACCGGAUAAAAGCUUCAAGACUGGGAAAAAGGUGGAGAAGUUUGUGCUCACGACGGCGUUCAAAAUUUCCGAUUGGAACGUUCGAACAAGUCUGCUCUUGAGCUGGAGGAACAUCACCUCAAAAUAUCCCGAGUUCGACGCGAUGGUCUUCGAUGAGAACAACUUCUACAGCGAUCAGAUGCUCGAACUUCAAACCACAAUCCUGUCGUCGUUGGGCACCGCGAUUCUAACCCUCAUCACCGUCUGCGUCCUAUUCAUCGCCGAGUCAUCCAUCGUGUUCUGGGUCGUCUGCACACUGAUCUCUAUGGACAUCGGCACCGCCGGAUUCCUAUCGUUGUGGGGCGCUGAUCUCGAUCCAACCACCGUUGUCAACAUCCUCAUGUCAAUCGGUCAGUGUAUCGAUUUCGCCACCCAUGUGGGCUACCGAAUCUAUCGAUCCGAAUAUUCGGAUCCCGAUAUGCGAAUCCGAGAUGCGCUGGGAGCCAUUGGAUGGCCUAUUGCGCAGUCAGGCCUCUCCACCCUAUUAGCCAUCAUGGUGAUGCUGAUGGUCCCUUCCUCGGCGGUUCGAAUGUUCGCGAGAACCAGUGUUCUGGUAGUUUCCACAGGCUUUUUCCACGGUCUUUUAAUACUUCCAAUAAUCAUAAGAUCAUUCGCUUCAAACGCCAAAGCUCAUGUCCCAACCCAUCCCCAUUAG